GAUCUGUUUCUAAGGACCGUGCCCGGGCUAUAUGAAAGAUGAGGAUCUAGUAUUGAUCUCUGGACACGUGGAUCAAGCUGGGCGAUCUUCACCUCUGUGCCACCGCUGGGACAAUGCUGAGGUUCCUCCUGGUCCUGGGUCUCUUCUUCACUUCUUUACUUCUAAAAACAGGGGCAGUUCUCGAUGUCACGCUGGUGUCAGUUGCCUCCGAGCACCGCCGGGCCAAUUUGACUCUGUCAUGUAUCACCGGAGAGCGGGAAAUGCAAAGUUCGGACUUGAGCAUUGAGCGGGAUAAUACCAUCGUGAAGAUCGCUCCCAUAGCGCCCUCCCAUACCAGAUCGCAUGACAAUGAACUGCAGGUCAGAUUCACCUCCAAGGCCUUGGUGGGAGUGUUUUUUUGCAUCGCCAAGGGCCCGACUGAGCAAACCAAAAUCCUCUACCCCUACAACAGUCCCUCUGCUGAUCUGACACCUUUGAGAGUGACUGUAACCGUCAGCAUCAACCAAGAUGCCAACUUAGAGGCCAAAGUGACAAAGGCAUCACAUGCAGAUAUUAUGUGGAAAUAUAAUGGAACGUUUUUCCAGAACACCUACAAGAACGAGAUCAGUGACAUGAUCGCUCGGCUUACUCUCCAAAAUGUGCAGCUUAGUCAGGCGGGAGUGUACAGCGGAGGGUUCACAGGAGCAACACCCCUGGCCAACGCCUUCUUCAGACUCAUCGUACGAGGGUGCCCAGAGAACAAGUGGGGGCCAUCUUGCCAGAAGGAUUGCCUUGGGUGCCUAAAUGGUGGAGUUUGUCAUGACGUGAGCGGGGAGUGUAUUUGUGCCCCGGGAUUCAUGGGAACCCGCUGUGAGAAGGCCUGCAGAGAGGGGAACUUCGGCAGAAACUGUCAGGAAACAUGUAAGAGGGACCAGGGCUGUAAGGGGCUCACCUUCUGCCUGCCGGACCCCUAUGGAUGUUCCUGUGGAAGCGGCUGGACCGGCGCCCAUUGUCAAAAAGAAUGUCCUGCUGGAACAUACGGAGCAAACUGUGCCCUGAGAUGUGAGUGUGAAAGCGGAGGCUCCUGUAACAGGUUUAGCGGCUGUGUCUGCGCCAAUGGUUAUCACGGACAACAUUGCGAGAAGUCAGAUCAUCAUCCUCAGAUCAUCGAUCUUCCAUCUCAGGUGGAGUUCAAUCUAAAUUACACAGCCGUGCUGACGUGUGCCGCCUCUGGGAACCCCCAGCCCGUCCUGGGGAGUAUAGUACUACGCAGACCCGAUGGAUCGGUCAUCACGGCCAGCAAUGCCCUCCUGGACUCAGAACGUAGCACUUGUACCUUCACCAUACCCACCAUGACUCUGAAUGACAACGGAUUAUGGGAGUGCCGUGUGUCUACCAGUGGUGGGCAGGACAAUCGUAAAUUUCGCGUAGAAGUCAAAGUGCCACCGGCCCCCUUGGAACCGCCACGUCUACUGGAGAGGCGCAGCAGACAGCUCAUCAUGGCGCCACUUCAUCACUUUUCUGGAGAUGGGCCCAUAUUAUCCAUCAAGGUGCUAUACCAACCCAUGGGCAUGAAAUCUGACCGGCAGAGCCUAAUAGUGGAGCCAAAUAUCAACAUCACUCUUCCCAACCUAAAUCCGGUCACUGCUUACCUGGUGCGCUAUCAGCUGAGCCGGCCGGGCUCUGGUGGGGAAGGACCCCUGGGACCGAUUGCCGUUCUGGAAACAGACUGUAUAGAGCCCACUGUGAAGCCAGAAAUAAAAGGUUACUCCAAAGAAGACCGUCACACAAUCAACAUUAAUUGGCAGCUGCCUACUUACAGUAGUGUUGGGAGUGGCUUCCUGGUCAGGGUUUAUCAUCCUCCAAACCGCCUUAUUCGAGUGGAGAAUGUGACAUCCAUGGAUAUCUUGUCUACAGGGAUCAACGGCCUCAGCUCCAACACAGAGUAUAUCUUCAGAGUCUUUAUUUACCACUGCACCAGCCUGGGGCCUCCAUCUGAUCCCUACGUCAUUAUGCUCAAUAGCAAGGGUCCAUCACCCCCGAAGGAUGUCCUUGCUAUUCCUCUUUCUCAACAUAACAUGAAACUGAUCUGGUCUCCUCCCGACGAUCCUAACGGUGGCAUAAUUAAGUAUACGGUUGAGAGACGGAGGCUUGGAGUCCCUGGGGAACAGCAAUGGGCCGAUACAGAGGGCCACAACCAGACUUGGUACAUUAUUACAGGCCUGAACACCAGCACCAUCUACCAAUUCCGGGUGCGGGCAAGCUCCAGAGUCCCCGGAGAAUGGAGCCGAACUGUAAUAGCUUCAACAUACAGCGAGGAGUCCCAUCUCAUGGUCCCCAGCAUGGAGAGCAGGAACCCGCGGACGUCUAGUUCAGGUCAACAGCUCAUCCUGGCAAUAAUUGGUUCUGUAUCCGUCACGUGUUUCACCAUCAUAGUCGCCUUGCUCGCUCUCUUCUGUAUCAAAAAAAAUUUGUUUCACCGCAGGAAAAUGUUCACGUACCAAUCCGGAUCGGGGGAGGAGACCAUCCUGCAGUUUAGUUCGGGGACUCUGACCCUGACCCGGCGUCCCAGACCGCAGACCGAGCCCUUCUCAUAUCCCAUCCUGGAAUGGGGGGACAUUAAGUUUGAGGAUGUGAUCGGAGAAGGAAACUUCGGACAAGUUGUCAAGGCAAUGAUAAAAAAAGACGGUGUGCGCAUGAACGCUGCAAUCAAGAUGCUAAAAGAAUUCGCAUCAGAAAAUGACCACAGGGACUUUUCUGGGGAGCUGGAGGUUCUCUGUAAACUGGGUCACCAUCCAAAUAUCAUCAACUUGCUGGGAGCCUGCGAGAACAGAGGUUAUUUGUACAUCGCCACUGAAUAUGCCCCAUUUGGGAACCUGCUUGACUUUCUGCGGAAGAGCCGAGUUUUGGAAACGGAUCCUGCGUUUGCCAAGGAACACGGGACGGCAUCCACGCUCUCCUCUCAGCAGCUCCUACAGUUUGCCUCCGAUGUGGCCAAAGGGAUGCAAUACCUCAGUGAGAAACAGUUCAUCCACAGGGAUCUCGCAGCCAGGAACAUCCUUGUGGGGGAAAAUCUAGUGGGCAAGAUUGCGGACUUUGGUCUGUCACGAGGAGAAGAAGUCUAUGUGAAGAAGACGAUGGGUCGCCUCCCUGUGCGCUGGAUGGCCAUUGAAUCCCUUAACUACAGCGUUUAUACAACAAAGAGUGAUGUAUGGUCAUUCGGCGUUCUCCUCUGGGAGAUAGUGAGUCUAGGUGGAACACCAUAUUGCGGGAUGACGUGCGCCGAGCUCUACGAGAACCUGCCGCAGGGAUACCGUAUGGAAAAACCCCGAAACUGUGACGAUGAGGUGUACGAUCUGAUGCGCCAGUGCUGGAGGGACAGACCCUACGAGAGGCCAACUUUCAACCAGAUCUCCCUGCAGCUCAUCCGCAUGCUGGAUGCCAGAAAGGCGUACGUGAACACGGCGCUCUUUGAAAACUUCACCUACGCCGGAAUCGACGCCACGGCGGAAGAGGCGUAAUACCGGGAUGGGGGAGCUCUGUGGCCUCCGUGCUUUGCAUGCCGGAAAUUCAGGACUUUAUUGUACGUCACGUACAAGGACUAGUUGACUGCGAGGUGGACUGCAAAGCCCAUGGCCGGAUCACAGCUUGUGCCGGAACCUCUCUGACCGCGUACGCAACGCGCACAAAUGUAGCUCUGUAGAUUCAGCAUGGGGGGUCUAUAAAAAGAUUGUAUGACUGGACGUGUGUGAUAAGGAUGAACCCCCUUCCUCCUCCUCCUCCUCCGAUGUACAGCUGAACACUGCCACUGCCUAGAAUGAGAACCGAGUGUCCCCGGAUGUGUCUUCCCUUUCCUUGUACAGUUGUUGUAUCCACCUCAAUAAACCUCACAUAACGUUUGUA